ACUUAAUUGCAAAUCUGAUAACCACCAUAUAAAUAGCAAGUUUUAGGGCUUUUCUACUGGUUGCAUCUUCUUAAACCCUCGUUUCCUCACACAACCGCCGGCUACUCUCAUUUACAACUGCCGGUGCUCCGCCAUAAUCUCCGGUGGUGAACAACGAAGAUGAAGAAGAACGGGAAGAAAAAUGUUUUGAAACCGGUAGAGAAAGAAGUUGUUGUUGUGAGUGAGAGCGACGAUGAAGUCGUUGCUAGUGACUCUGAACACGAGAGUGUUGAAAGUCCUGUUGUUUCUGACGAUGAUUAUGAGAUCUUCUCUGAGGGCAAUGAUGACAGGAAUUCAGAUUCAGAAUUAGAUUCAGGAUCAGGCUCCGAAGAUGAGGUACAUGGUAAUUACCUGGAUGGUGAGCACCCAAGCAAUGAAGCUGGACUGAGUGACGGAGUUGAUAAUUUUGAUCAAGGAGAUCAAAGUGCAAGCGAGGAUUCUCGUGAAGUAGUAGACGAGAGUGAUUCAUCAGAAGACGAGGUUGGUCCUCGUAACACCAUUGGGGAUGUUCCUUUAAAGUGGUACGAAGAUGAGGAACAUAUCGGAUAUGACGUUGCUGGAAAGAAAAUCAAGAAGAAAGAGAGACUGGAUAAACUGGAUUCAUUUUUAGCCAGAACCGAUGAUGCAAAUAGUUGGCGCAAGAUCAUGGAUGACAUUGAAGAUGAGGAAGUAGAACUUACUAAAGAAGAAACUAAGCUUAUUCGUAGAAUGUUGAAAGGAAAGGCACCUCAUGCUGAUUUUGAUCCACACGCGCCUUAUGUUGAUUGGUUUGCGUGGGAUGGUGCUAAGCAUCCACUCUCAAAUGCCCCGGAACCUAAAAGACGUUUUAUUCCUUCAAAAUGGGAAAGCAAAAAGGUUGUUAAGUAUAUUAGGGCGAUUAGAAAGGGACUGAUAAAGUUUGACAAACCAAAAGAAGAACCCCGUUUUUAUAACUUAUGGGGCGAUGAAACUGAAGAAUCAAGACAUGGAUUAUCAUAUAUACCCGCACCCAAAGCUAAAUUACCAGGGCAUGAUGAAUCUUAUAAUCCUUCUCUGGAAUACAUUCCAACACAAGAAGAGAUUAGCGCUUAUCAGCUUAUGUUUGAGGAGGACCGACCUAAGUUCAUUCCAAAGCGAUUCACAUCUUUGAGAAGUGUUCCAGCUUAUGAAAAGAGUGUUCGGGAAACCUUUGAUCGAUGUCUGGAUCUGUACUUGUGCCCUAGAGCAAGAAAGAAGCGUAUCAAUAUUGACCCCGAGUCUUUAAAACCAAAGCUUCCAAGUCGCAAAGAUCUUAAACCAUACCCAACGACAUGUUAUCUUGAGUACAAAGGUCAUAAGGGUCCAGUCGUAUCAAUUUGUACCGACCCAGUCGGGCAGCAUAUUGCUUCUGGCUCACAUGACGGAACCGUUCGCAUCUGGGAGGUUGAAACUGGUAGAUGCAUUAAAGUUUGGGAACUUGGUGAACCUGUGCAGCAUGUUGCAUGGAAUCCGUUACCUGAGUUUCCUAUUUUGGCAGUGUCCAUGGGGCAAGAUGUUCUUGUUCUGAACACUGGGCUCGAGAAAGAAGAAAAUAAGAUGAUUGCAGAUCUUUUGCGUGUUGAAACCACUCCUGCUCCAGAUGAUUCUGAAAGUGCUGGGUCUAGUGUAAGCUGGUCUCAAUACGACAAAUAUGAGGGAAUUAGGAUCAAACACUUUAAGACUGUGUCAUCAGUGGAAUGGCAUCGAAAAGGAGACUAUUUCUCUACUGUCAUGCCUGCAGGUGAAUCAAAAGCCAUAUUAAUACACUUGCUCUCGAAGAAACUAACCCAAAGAUUACCAUUCAAGUUACACGGUCUCCCUGUGUGUUCAACUUUCCAUCCUACACGAUCCAUCUUCUUUGUUUCGACAAAAAAGAACGUUCGUGUUUAUGACCUUGUGAAGAAAAAGUUCAUCAAGAAGCUAGAUGCUGGUGUUCGUGAAAUCUCAUCUGUUUCCAUCCAUCCCGGUGGUGACAAUGUUAUCGUGGGGAGUAAGGAUGGAAAGUUAUGUUGGUUUGACAUGGAUCUUUCAUCAAAACCGUACAAAAUUCUCAAAUCUCAUCCGAAGGACAUAACGAAUGUGGCGUUUCAUCGCAACUACCCGUUGUUUGCAUCAUCUUCAGAUGAUUGCACUGCGUAUGUUUUCCAUGGGAUGGUGUAUUCAGAUUUGAACCAGAACCCUCUUAUUGUUCCUUUGGAGAUUCUUCACGGCCAUACAAGCGUAAACGGAAGAGGUGUGUUGGACUGCAAGUUCCACCCAAGGCAGCCGUGGUUGUUCACUGCAGGGGCUGAUGCUGUAAUCAAGCUUUUCUGCCAUUAAAUUCAAGCGUAUCAUCGCCUUUUGUUUAUACCACACGAGGAAGUUGAGAGUUUCAAGGUGGUGGCGGCGGUGGUUAAUUCAGCGUUUGCACAAGAUCAGUUGUGUUGUACUUGUGUGAGAUUGAAUUCAGUUUUGUCAUUGUAGGAACUGUGAACAACUUUGGUGAUAAUUAUUUGACUUGAGGAUGUUAUUCCUGUUUUCCGAAUAUUUUAUAAACUAAAUGGAAUCUUAUAUAUUAAAAAAGAAUUUUCUUGCUGGUCU